AUGGAAGAACAAUUUGAAAGAAUUCGAAAUCAAGUAGACUCUAAGCUUGAUAAUCAAAAGCAAAUAGCUGCUAUGUUGAUAGCGGUUGAAGAAAUGAUCAAGGAUCAAAAUUCUCCUUUAAUACCUACUGCUUAUUUCGCUGUCUUAUUAACAAUACUUGAAGAGCAUUGUAACAAUCCCACAGAUUCUGGAAAUGAAAUACAAGGAGCAAUUCUUUACCUUUUGAAUAUCAUACUACCUAGUAUAUCUCCUACAAUAUUACUUAGCAAGUUUUCUCAGAUUAUGCCAAUAUUAUUGCAAGAAUUAGAUUCCAACAAAGACGAUUCGGGAAUUGUACGAUCUAUUACGGGCUGCGUGGAAAGUUUUCUAGUUACUCAAGAUCGCAAUACAUGGAAUCAAUUAUUAGCAAAAAGAUCAUUCCAAGCAUUAUUGUUCCUUUCUAUAGAUCAAAGACCUAAACCAAGAAAAAGAGCUCAAGACUCUGUGCGGAAAAUUUUGAAUUGCCCACCUCCUCCAAUGGUUAAACACCCUAUGAUUGGUAUAACCACCGAAUUCUGUCAAAGAAUUCUUAAUGAAUAUUCAAAAUCUGAUCGUCAAUCGAUGCAUCAUAUUUUAGCUCUUUUAAAAUCAAUUGCUGGAAAAUGGCCUGUUCAAAAUCUUAGUCAAUUAUGUGAAUUAUUACUACAUUUACAAAAACUUAAUGAUACACUUAUCACCAUUGCUACAUAUCAAGUAUUUGAUGAAUUAUUUAAAUAUCACAGAAAUGGAUUUGAAAAGUUUGGGCUUGAAGAAUUAUUAAAAUCUCAUUCCGAACUUAUGCCAAAUAUACAAGAUGCACAACUAUUACCGCAUUGGCUCACUAUAGUUGCAAAAGGCCUUAAGGCAUAUGCUGAGAUCGAUUCAGACAGGUGUGCUGGAAUGUUACAUAAUUUUUUUAAAACCAUCUUUCCUAUCCUGGAAGUUGACAAUUCUGAUAUUCAAGUUGCUGCCACGAAUUGUCUUGUCGAACUUAUCACAUAUGGUAUUACUGAUGACGUUAUUCAGGAAACGUUCCGUGAAGGACAAGCAGAUUCAGAGAAAAAACAAUGCUUGAGCGAAAUAAUUUUAUUAGUUAAAAGUGGUUUCAACUUUCGUUAUCAGACUGCGUGGCCUUGUGUAUUAAAAAUUUUGGAAUCAUUAUUUCAGCGAUUAAAAAGAUCUUCACAAAAACUUUUGGGUAGUUUUCUUAACGUUGUAGAAGAUUUAAGAAUGAAUUCAAAUCCUGAAUUAAAGGAUGCGUCUGAUAAAACCUUAGGUGCCGCAAUCGCGAAUAUGGGACCUCAGGCGUUCCUGAACAUUCUACCAUUGAAUUUAGAAAACCCUGAUAAUAAUAAAAAUAUUGGUCGUGCAUGGCUUUUACCGUUACUUAAAGAUCAUAUUGUAAAUACUGAACUUAAUUACUUUGUCCGAGAGCUUGUUCCUUUGAGUGAGAGACUUGCUCAAACAUCCUUACAAUUUCAGAAUCAAAAUCGGAUGAUAGAAGCAAAAGUUUACGAGACAUUAGUUCAACAAUUAUGGGCACUUUUGCCUGGAUUUUGUGAUCUUCCUUUGGAUUUACCUCAUGCAUUCACAAGUGUUACAGCUGAAUUGUUUAGUAAUAUGAUUUAUCAAAAACCUGAACUUCGACCGACUAUUGCUCUUGCACUUGAAACUCUGAUCAAGAAAAAUCAUGCUAUUAUGGAGUCAGAUGAAGAUAAUAGUAACUUAAUGAAAAAAUAUGGUUUAGAUAAAACAUCGGCUGAGAAAAACCUUCAACUCUUGACUAAAUAUGCAAAAAAUUAUUUAGCAGUAUUCUUCAAUGUGUUUAGUCAAACACCUACAGCAUAUCGAGCAUAUAUAUUGAAUAUUAUUAAAGUUUAUAUGACCAUUACUCCACCUAAUGAUAUUUCUAUAACAUUUAGUAAAGUUUUGAAUUUAUUGAAGCAAUCUCUCUCAAAUCAUACUCCACAACAAAGCAAUGAACAAUCCACAUCCAUUCCUUCAAUGUCUUAUACCAUGUUGGAUUUAUCAAUUAUAAUGAUAUCAUAUUUGGAAAUUGAUUCUAUUAAGCAAUUAUACGAGGUUAUCAUUGCAUUAUUUAGCAAUGAAGACCCUACAUUACAAAAAAAAGCCUACAAAGCAUUAAAUACGAUUGUAGAGAAUGAUAAUAGUAAAUUGGUGAUAUUACAAAAUAUCGAUGAUUUACAAAAUAAAUUGGUAGAUUCUGCCAUGGUUUCUACUCUUGCCGCAAAAAAGAAUCGGUUGUUAGUAUUGAUGAAUAUUAUUAAAUUAUUAUCAAGAACAGAUCUUCACAUGAUUCCUGAUGUGCUUUCUGAAGCCAUAUUGAGUACAAAAGAGACCAAUGAAAAAGCUAGGAUUGCAGCAUAUGAAUUACUUAUUACUAUGGGAAAUAAGAUGAAAGAAGGAGGUAGAAUAAUCAUGAGCAAAGUUUCUGAAACAGAUCCAACAGCACAAGAUGUAGAUGCUAAUAUUAAUGAAUUCGUGUUCAAAAUGGUCGUCGCAGGACUAGUUGCAACUACCCCUCACAUGAUUAGUGCUACGAUUGCGUCAUUAUCGAGGUUAAUUUUUGAAUUUAAAUUUGAUCUUGAUCAAUCACAUCUCCAUCAACUCCUCGAUACUAUGGAUAACUUUGUAAAAUGUACAAAUCGAGAAAUUGUCAAAUCAGCAUUGGGAUUUGUCAAAGUUGUAACUACAUCACUUGACGUUGAAUUUUUAGUUCCACAUUUAUCACAAAUUAUAUUAGGAAUUCUUGCAUGGUCUACAGAGCAUAGAAGUUUUAAAUUCAAAGUUAGACACAUUUUUGAGCGAUUAAUACAACGGUUUGGAUAUGACACGAUAGAAAAACACGUACCUGAAAAUGAUCGAAAAUUGUUGACAAAUAUUCGCAAAAGAAAAAAUCGAGCAAAACGUAGAAAGAAUGUGGAUUUGGAUAAUGAUGAUGAUGAUAAACAAGAUAUAGAAGUAUCAGUUAGCAAGCAAAAAAGAAAAAGUUUUAUGUCUAAUGACGCGUAUGAAGAUGUAUUAUAUGGAAGUGAGAGUGAUUUUGAAGAUUCUGAACAAGAAGGAGAAGCUCCAGCCAAAGUAAAACCUUCGAAUACACGCAGUAGAAAGGCACCUGCAUCGUGGAUAAAGGAAGAUAAUGAUUCGCCAGUAGAUUUUUUGGAUAAAAGUAGUAUUUCAAAAAUCAUUGGAUCAAACCCUAUUAUUCGAAAAACACCAAAACGUAACAUGUCAUUAUUUAAUAAAACAAAUGAUGGUCGCAUGAUAAUCGAUGAAUCUGAUGAGGAAUCUCAAGAUUCAGAUAUUGAGAUGAACGAACCAGAUAAUUAUUAUUUAGAGGCACAACGAUCUAGUGUUGGUUUUACACGCGGUCAAGGAAGUAAAGUUAAAUUUAACAAGGUGCAGAGAGACAGAGACAGUGAUAUGGAAUUGGAUGAUUUCGAACCAAUUGACAGUGUUGCGAAAAGAAACAAAAAAAAUAGAUCUAAACGAGAUGGUAUCACAGUUGGCAAGGAAUAUAAAGCGAAAAAUGCAGAAGGUGAUGUGAAACGGAAAGGAAAACCAGAUCCUUAUGCUUACGUUCCACUUACGUCUGUGUACAGAAAGAAAGGUCAAAAAGGAGUCAAAAUUUCCUUAACAAAUGGAAAGAACUGUAUUGGAAUAUCGACAGAAGAUAUAGCAUCUUUAUUUUCAAUAAUUAAGGGUGUUCUCAAGCCUCAACCUCGAUGUGAUUAG